GUACAUUCUGCUGCUUAUCCGGGGAUGUCACACCGCUGCUAUUUUCUCCCCUCAGUCCCUCUCACUCUCAGCCUACAGCUCCAGCGGACUGACACGGGGCUUUGGACAGAAAGACCGAACAAUAAGACACAAAACACAGGCCGACAUGGCAGAGCUUGGAGCGGGAAGCCUGCCGUUAGGAGAUCCUGCUUUUAACUACCAGGAGCACGAGCUGAACGAGCGACUGAAGCGGCUCUACCCGGCUGUGAACGAGGAAGAGACCCCUUUACCUCGAUCCUGGAGCCCCAAGGAUAAAUACAGCUACAUUGGGCUGUCACAGAACAACCUGCGGGUCCAUUACAAAGGACAUGGUAAGAACCACAAGGACGCAGCAUCGGUGCGAGCCACACACCCGAUCCCUGCUGCCUGUGGGAUCUACUACUUUGAAGUCAAGAUUGUCAGCAAAGGUCGAGACGGUAAUCCUUAUCCUUGUCCUAUUUUAGGAUGGGACAAGCACUCAUACGGUUACCAUGGAGAUGACGGCCACUCCUUCUGCUCCUCUGGGACCGGACAACCAUACGGCCCAACGUUCACCACGGGAGAUGUGAUUGGCUGCUGCGUUAACCUCAUCAACAACACUUGCUUUUACACCAAAAAUGGCAUCAGUUUAGGUGUAGCCUUCACAGACCUCCCUCCCAACCUGUACCCCACUGUGGGGCUUCAAACUCCGGGCGAGAUCGUAGACGCUAACUUCGGCCAGCAGCCGUUUGUCUUUGACAUCGAGGACUACAUGAGCGAGUGGCGGGCAAAGAUCCACGGCAUGAUUGCUCGCUUCCCAAUAGGAGAGAGGCUGGGGGAGUGGCAGGCCGUCCUGCAGAAUAUGGUGUCCAGCUACCUGGUGCAUCAUGGGUACUGUGCUACCGCAACAGCGUUCGCCAGAGCCACAGAGACCAUGAUACAAGAGGACCAGACAUCUAUAAAGAACAGACAGAGAAUACAGAAGCUGGUGCUGGCAGGACGGGUGGGCGAAGCCAUAGAGGCUACUCAGCAGCUUUAUCCCGGCCUGUUAGAACACAACCCCAACCUACUAUUCAUGUUGAAGUGUCGUCAGUUCGUGGAGAUGGUGAACGGUACAGACAGCGAGGUUCGCUGCUUGACCAUUCGCUCCCCCAAGUCCCAGGACAGUUACCCCGGCUCACCCAGCCUCAGCCCCCGCCACGGAGCCAGCAACACACACCUGCACACCGGAGGAGCAGACAGCCCAACCUGCAGUAACGGUGUGACUCCCCCCAACAAGUCAAAGAGCCACAGUGGCACUGGUGGCAGCAGCGUCAAAUACCCCAGCGUGUCCUCCUCCGCCUCCUCCUCCACCUCCUCCUCCCCUUCCUCCGUCAACUACUCCGAGUCCAACUCCUCCGACUCCACUAAGAGCCAGCCACACAGCGCCAACAGCACCCAGGAAACCAGUGACAGUGAGAUGGAGAUCGAAGCAGAGCACUAUACCAACGGGAUUGUUGAGGGCUCCUCAGCACGGAUCAUGAAUGGCACAUACAAACAUGAAGAGAUCCUUCAGCCAGAUGACAACAGCAUUGGCAAUGGGGUCACAGAUGAGGGUUGCAGUAAUGGCAGGCAGCUUUGUGGAGGGAACCAGGCAGCCACAGAGAGGAUGAUCCAGUUUGGACGGGAGCUGCAGGCGCUCAAUGAACAGCUGUGCCGCGAGUACGGCAAGAACGCCACACACAAGAAGAUGUUACAGGAUGCAUUUAGCCUGCUAGCGUACUCAGAUCCGUGGAACUGCCCCGUUGGCCAGCAGUUAGACCCUACGCAGAGAGAAUCACUCUGCUCCGCACUCAACAGCGCCAUACUGGAGUCCCAAAAUCUGCCUAAGCAGCCUCCACUGAUGCUAGCGCUUGGCCAAGCCACAGAGUGUGUUCAGCUCAUGGCCCGAGUCCGGUCUGGUUCCUGCUCCUUCGCCAGAGUAGACAACUUUUUGCACUAGCCCAGGUCCAGGUUAAUGUUAAGUAGCACUGAGAGAAGGCAUGUCCAGCAGGUAGUUGUCAUGGCGACGGAGGAAAGAGCAUGCGUGUGAUUGGUGUGUUUGGCUGUCCGUCAGACCAAGCCAGCGGCACAGACAGAGGAGCAGAGGAGAGCGCGAGAGAAGAAAGCUUCCUUUUAAUUUAGUAUUAUCAAAUAAAGAAAUGUGUGACACUAUUUAAAGAUAAUUAAUUAUUAUUCUGUUUAUCUAGCCAUUUUAUAGUUCUUUUUUUGUCAGUUUGUUGUGCUCAUCCUGGACAAGACAAAUUGUAAAUCCCCCCUUUUUAAUUUUUCUUAUGUUUUAAUGGGUGGAUUUUGAUUCCCUACGAUCAGUAUUUUACUCACGUUGUUGUUGUUCGCCAUAUCACAGACUACAAUACCCACAUCUGGUUACCACGGUGACCCCCACAACUGCAGUUCACAAAACCUGAGGUGUAUUAACAUCAUCUGUGAGAAGAUACAGAAGACAGAAAGACUGAACCUUGCCCAUAAUUGAAAGGAGACUGUAGUUGAGAGCUGAGGGGCGAGGGUGAUUGAAUUAGAAGAUUAGAGGUGUCAGAGCCUUAAUUUUACCGUAACGAGCACAGCAUCGAGCAGUCAGUGAUGUCGUUGCAGGUGGCAGAGCUCAGCACCAGCUGCAGCAACAACACUAUCAAACCAUUAUGAACCGCAGACUAACAAGCACAGUGUGUGGACGGCUAAAAGUCAAGUCACCCCGAGGGGUUUCAUUACUGCAGUGUUACAUUUUAACAUCGGCCACGGCCUGACCUGCUCUGUGCAUGUGCUGUUGCAAUUAGAGUUUCAAAUCAAGCCGUGAAAUCAUUUGCCAAAAAGAAGGGUUUCUUUCUUUUUUUAAAUUUAGGGAGAUUGUGAUUGUGAUAUUUAAGUCACGGUUUUUCUUUCAUAUUAGGUGUUUGAUUCCAAACCUCUCAAAGGCUGUGUGUGUUGUAAGAAGGCUUUUUUUCCACUCAAACCCCUCCAUUUCUCCAUCACAGAUAAAUGUAACUUUACUACUACUUUUUCUGGACAGGAGGAUGUAGUCAAGUUUGUUUAUAGAGCCCCUAAACAC